CAAACAGUAAUAAAAAUUAUUACUUAUACUUAAUUGAGUUUAGUGAGCAGAAUGAAGGGUCUAAUAUUAAUUAUUACUUUGUGUCUUUAUAUAAUUUACACUGAAUCGUAUAUCGUGAAUCCAGGGCCAUAUUAUUUACCUACUAAGGGAAAAAUAUGGCCAAUGCCCCAAUUUCAAUCUUCACUUGAUGAUUAUUUUGUUGUCGAUGUUGACAAUUUUCUUCUAAAGGCUACAGGAGCCAACUGCAAACUACUGAACGAAUCAUUUGUCAGAUAUUAUGAAAUAAUAAAAAAGAACAGGAUUUCAAAGCCCAAUGGUAUCAUCAGCAACAUAGUUACAAAGCCAUUGGUAGAUGAAUCUUAUUUAGGAGAACUCAAACAACUCAAUGUGAAUUUAACAGGCAAAUGUAAUGACAAUGACCAACCAUCAUUGGAUAUGGAUGAAAGUUAUUUCUUAGGAGUUCUUGAGGAUACUGAAUUGUCUGCUAAUUCUAUUUGGGGCAUCUUAAGAGGAUUGGAAAGCUUCUCUCAGCUUCUAUACUUAGGAGACGAUAAAUCAAGUGUUCUUAUGAAUGCAACAGUCAUUAUAGACUAUCCCAGAUUCAAACACAGAGGAUUAUUGCUAGAUACUUCCCGACAUUAUAUUCCGUUAGACAAAAUUUACGAUAUUCUGGAUGCCAUGGUUUACAAUAAGUUAAACGUAUUUCAUUGGCAUAUCGUUGAUGAUCAAAGCUUUCCCUAUGUCAGCAAGAAGUUUCCUGAAUUAAGUCAACAAGGCGCCUAUGAUCCGACUUUAUUCGUCUACACUGCUGAGAACAUAUCUGCAAUAAUUGAUUAUGCGAGAAAACGAGGUGUGAGGGUUAUGCCCGAAUUCGAUACUCCUGGACACACAAGAUCAUGGGGAGUGUCGCAUCCAGAACUUUUAACCAAAUGCGAUGGUGUACAAAAGGGAGCUUAUGGUCCAAUGGAUCCAAGUAAAAAUACAACGUAUUCCUUCUUGAAAGAUUUAUUCGCUGAAGUUAGAGAAGUUUUUACCGAUCAGUUUAUUCAUCUUGGCGGAGAUGAAGUUGAUUUUGAUUGUUGGCAAUUAGAUCCAAACAUUAACGAUUUCAUGAAACAACACAGUAUAGCAAAUUACUCGGCUCUUGAGAGUUAUUAUAUCCAAAAAGUAAUCGAUAUUGUUGAUGAAAUUCCAUUUAGUUCAGUUGUAUGGGAAGAAGUUUUUGAAAAUGGUGUUACUUUACCUAAUAAAACUAUUGUUCAUGUUUGGAAGGAUUUUGGAACUCCGUGGAACCAGACACUCUAUGAGGUAACAGCAGAUGGUAAAUUCGCUCUUCUCUCUGCUUGUUGGUACCUUGACCAUCUCAGCAAUGGAGGAGACUGGACUAAGUUCUACCAAUGCGAUCCAACAAAUUUUGGCGGAUCUGAAGAACAGCUGGCCCUUCUCCUUGGAGGUGAAGCAUGUAUGUGGGCAGAAGCAGUAAAUGAGUACAACGUAGUCCAACGAAUUUUCCCUAGGGCGUCAGCUACAGCGGAAAAGUUGUGGUCAAACAACGACAAUUAUGAUUUGGAAGAAGUUGCAAGAAGAUUAGAAGAGCAUACUUGUAGGAUGAACAGAAGAGGUAUUGCUGCUCAACCACCAAAUGCUGCGGGAUUCUGUCUUUGAAGAAACGUUUGUUAUUUUGAAAUUUGAGACAUUAGUUAGGUAUUAUUUUUACUG